UAGGAACCUUUUUGCUUCCGAAGGAAGAGUCUCCUCCUCUCAAGGGUCCUCGUCGUAGAAUAAAGAAUUCCUGUUUGAUCCGCCAUCAACCCCACGAAUACAUACUCUCCCUCUCUCUCUUCCCCCUCCAAAAUCCAAGUAUCUUCACAGUCUUCUACCUCUCUCUCUCUCUCUCUCUCUGGUUUCCUGUUGAGAAGAAUCAUUUCUGCCCUCUCUCUGGUUUUCACAUUGGGGCGCGAACCCUCCUUUGUUCGUUUGCUGAAGGUGCGGACUGACCCACGUCCCGGGUGCACCUUCUCACAUGGCUGCUGCCACCGACUCUUCAUCGACUUUCCCGGCAACGCCGUCGGGAUUCUCGGCAGACAACACCCAAUUUCACCUCCCAGUUCCCGCGCAGAGUUCCUGGUCUCAGACUGUCCGGGACGAUCCUGGGUCUCCUCCCGGCAAGCACUCCCCUCCUGAUUCUGGUUCCUUGAGUCCGUCGGCGGGUUCGCCCCACAAGCUGCCCAAUGAGCCCAACGAGGAGGGCUCCCCGUCCUUGAAGAAGCACGCGUGGAACAAACCGUGCAACGCGCCAGGCACGCCGGUGGUGGAUGCCGUUGCCGUCAUAGGGGCUGCGUCCUGGCCGGCGCUGUCGGAAUCGGUUAAGGCUUCUUCCAAAUCUGUGGAUUCCGCGAAGCCGCUUGGGGACGGAUCAGUGGCUUCGCAGGAUCCAGUAAUGCCACAAACUCCUCAGAGAUCAGUUGAGAACUCAAAAGCGGAGGAAAAUCCUAACCGUAACCAUGAAUCCGUGAACCGGCCGGCGCAUCCCCACAGACGCAGUAAUAACACGAACGGCGUCAAUGCGAUUUCUGGUGCGGAAUCGCUGCAUGAUGCCUCCAGAAGACAAGAACAGGCACAGAGAGAUCCAUCGCGCAAGAGCAAUUGGGAUUCUGGAUCGAAAGGGUGGGGUUCUCCUGGUCACAGUGGCAAUGUUCAUGCCCGAAAUCCAUUUAGGAAAGGCAAUGGCCCGUACCCACGAGGUAACGCCCCCCACCAUAGCAACCAUGGGAACAGGGGCAAUGCCCGUGACCAAGAUCGAACGCACUAUGAGUUGACCUCGAAUCAAGGUUAUGGUGGUCGGAAUAUCCAUCAGCAGCAGAGAGGUGGUCCAAGGAAUUUCAUCCGAUCGCCUGCUGUCUCCCACUUUAUGAACAUGCAUCGAGGUUAUCCUACCCAGAUGGUCUAUCCUGAUAUGGGUACUCAAUUAUACUAUGUUCCUGGAGCACCUGCUGAGCCUUUUCAGGCCGUGUCGUUCGUACCACAUGUUCCACCUAAUGCUUUUUUUUAUCCAUCAGUAGAUCAUCAGUUGCGCACUAUGUUAGUUAGGCAGAUAGAUUAUUAUUUCAGCGGUGAAAAUUUGUGUAAAGAUCUGUUCUUGAGGGAGAACAUGGAUAGACAAGGAUGGGUUUCUGUCUCCGUGGUUGCAGACUUCAAUCGAGUUAAGCAGUUGACAAACAGCAUUCCAUUCAUACUGGAUUCUCUGAGAGGAUCAUCUGUUGUAGAAGUACAGGGCGACAAAAUAAGAAGACGCAAUGAUUGGGGGACUUGGCUUUUGCCCGACGUGACUUCAACUUCCAAAGAAGGGCCAACUGCUGUUUCAGGUCCUGAUGAUUUGGUCUCACGAAUGAGAGGAGUUGGACUGGAGGGUCCAGUACAGCAAAGUGAGGCAAGAUAUCCUCUCAUAGAAGCUCGUAAUGAGGCACUGAGUAGAUCAUCAUCCACAGAGUUGAGCAGCCAACCACUUAACAGAGAGAUGAUGGGGCAGGACAUUGCUCAUUGUAGUUCAAGUGUGUAGGCAUUGUUAAUGUGUUAAAGUGAGGGUAUGCAACAUCGAAGAGAAGAGCAACUCGUACUGCUUGCAGAGGCAACAGUAGACGGUGGGUGGUGAAAAUCUUGGCUUUGCAUUAGCUUACUUGACUAUUAUAAAACUAGGUUGGUAAAUCCCACAUGAAAAGAGAAAGGGCAUAAGAAAAGGUAAAAAAAGAGAAGUUGGCAAGGAGAAUCACAGCUGAUUUAGGUACAUAAUGACUGCGUUUAGGAUGUAUAGUUUAAUUCUGUUGGUGUUUGCAGGUUGGAGUUUUUGUGCGCCAGUGGCUUCCAACAAAACUCAUGCUGCUUCUUUCUUUUCUUUCUUUUUGGUUUCACUUUAUCAGAAAAGAUUUUUGGUGAUUGUUAGAGGCGUUUUCCAACAAGAGUUUGGAAGUUUCCUGGAAGAGUAGAAUAAACAGAGAUUCCUUUGGGAGGCAGGGAUGUCUAUCAUUUGAUCACUACAUCCCUCAACUCCUAAUACCUUUCAUUCUUGUGCAGGGAAAAAGAGCUCAGGCAUAUACAUAUAGAACCUACAUACAAUCACUUUAACCGUAGGACUGAUUUUUUUAUUGUUGAACUUUGAUGAACUAAUAAUUGAAACCAAUUUUCUGGCCUUGACCUUUCAAUUUA